AUGAAGACAAAGUUGUGUCUUGACACGUCUAAAGAAAUUUUGUAUUUACACGAGAAUGGAAUUUUACACAGAGAUAUCAAACCAGACGAUAUUUUAGGAGUUUCCAUUGAUACUUUGGAUAAAUUAAAUUCAAAAUUGACUGAUUUUGGAAGUAGUCGAAAUGUUAAUAUGCUGAUGACUAACAUGACAUUCACUAAGAGAAUUGGUACUCCCGUUUACAUGGCGCCCGAAGUCUUACAACAAGAGAAAUAUAAGAAAAGCGCUGAUGUUUAUUCGGAAGCUUACCCUAAAAAAUGUAUUUAA